AUGGGGAGAGGAAAGAUUGCUAUUCGAAGAAUCGAAAACUCGACUAACCGACAAGUGACUUUCUGCAAGAGAAGAAAUGGGUUACUGAAGAAAAGUAGAGAACUAUCUAUUCUCUGUGACGCUGAAGUUGGAUUGAUUGUGUUUUCAUCCACGGGCAAGCUUCAUGAAUAUGCAAGCACCAGCAUGGAAUCAGUCAUUGAGCGCUAUGACAAGCAAAGAGAAGACCAUUAUCAACCAGUGGAUCCUGCUUCAGCAAUCAAGUUUUGGCAGGAAAAAGCAGCAAGCGUGAAGCAACAACUACAGCACUUUGAAGAUUGCCACAGGCAAUUGAUGGGCGAAGAACUUUCUGAUUUGGGUAUUAAUGAGCUACAGCAUCUGGAAAAACAACUGCUGAUGAGUCUGAAGAAGGUUCGCAUUAAAAAGGAUCAAACUUUUACUGAUAAGAUCAAAGAAUUACACGAAAAGGGAAGCCUCAUACACCAACAAAAUGCAGAACUUCAUAAUAAGAUAGACCUUAUGCAUAAAGAAAAAACAGAACUACAGAAGGUUAUUGAAGCAAGGCGUAGGGAAGAAGAAAAAACAGCAUCCAAUCCUGCAAACACUCACCGUUAUGAAUAUGAUAUAGUUGAGCCUCUCAGUCUUCAGCUAAGCCAACCACAGCCUCAAUACAGUGAAGCGCCAGAAGAAGCCAUGAAUCUGGGGCAUUCCCUCAAACUGUUGAUAUAA